AUGGCGGUUUUACUGGGUGAGGCCCACGAUGGCAUUGCCGUGCCGUCGAGGUCCCAAAGCAUCAGUGGCUCCGACAGCGCCGCCUCCGGCUCUGAAAGCGGGAGCUCCGGCGAUGGCAGUAGUGAUGAACGGGUUGCCGACAGGAAAGAAGGCAAGGCGGCCCAACUUGCCGCUACGGGGCCCAGGGGGAAGAGGCAGAGGGGGGGUCCCAAGAAGCCCGAAGCGCGCCGAUCCUCCCUCGCGCGGGCGUCUCUUCCUCCUCCUCAAACGCUGGAAGAAACCGCCACUGCAGGGGCUUCCACCAGUGCCGGGCCACCGUGCCACGAAGGAGACGGCUUUCCGCCCCCAGGCGACGGCAAACGACUCCCCCGCAAGAAGGACACGCACGUGGUGCCUCCUGAGUAUGGCAUUCCCCGGCACCCUAGCGAUCUGCACAAGAGGUACCCCAGGGGCCAGAUGCCUUACCAUCCCGGCCGCGGCAUUGACAUGCGCUGCGCCGCAUGCCAGGCCUUCCAGACGCCGUGCGAGUUCUACCCGUUGGACAUCAAGGCGACCUGCCUCACAUGCUUGUCAAAGCACACAAAGUGCAAGCUCAACGCCAUCUCCGGGGGCACCACUGCCAGAAUCGGCCGCUACAAGAUGCUGCGGUUUGCCAUCCAGGCUGCUAACCCCACGGUCUACGGCCACGAGCCAGUGGAGGUCUCCGACAUUUGGAUUAUGGCUGGUAACCCGGAUAUCCCGGAUUGGGCUUGGGAGCUGAUCGUGCAUUGGGACGACAAGGACAGGCGCGAAGAGGCCAUCAGAAAGGCAAAGUGCUGUGACCUCACAUACCCGAAGAAGCUCUGCAAAGAGCUCGGACGGGUUAGCAUGCCCGAUAAGCAGGUCCCCGAGGAUCACCCUAAGUACAUGGCCCACACCAAGGAUCGGCUCCAGCGAGCUCCAAAGAUCGACCUUGCGAAAGCGACCACUGUAGCCCAAGCCAAUGCAUUGUGGAGGGCGUCGUCCGACAGUGAGGAGAGCGAGCCGUUCACAGGAUCCAGCGAUGACGGGCCGUCCUCGGAUAUGGCACUGGACGGCGAGCGGCCACGCAAGCGCCCGCGAAAGACAGCGCACUUCGCCGACUCCCCAGACUCCCACUUGAAACCAGAGCACCGUGCUUCAUCGAUUCCUGGCGCGGGGCAAAGCGACUCACCCCCAAGACGAGGUCCGUCUUUGAGAAGCACUGCCGCGUGGCCGGCAGGAGCCAGCUUGAUCCCCACUGACCCCUCAGCAGGUGUCUGGACGGCGCAUGCUCCUGGACCCCAGCCCAUGCCGGCGGGCAGCAAUUUGAGGGGCAUCGGGUCUUCGGUGCGGAGCACAGCACUGGGAAACCCCGCGGGUGGGGACAGGCUGCUGACACGGAUCGCGGCGCUUGAGGCACGCUUGCUGGAGCAGGCCUCCGGCACAAAAGCGCUCGCAGCCCGCGUCGAGCUCCUCGAGGAUCGGUUGGAGCGCGCGGGGGCUUUCGACCAGGGCCUCUGGCGCCACGGACAGAGCGAUCGGCAUGAGCACCGCGAGGGCGGAAUGGGUGCUGCACCCAAGCUGCACCAGGGGAGCAUCGGCUGGUGGCCGACGUCGGCAUCGGCGGAGCACGGGGCCUGGUCGGCUGUCCGUGGGAUGGGCUGGGUUCCCGCCAAAAUGAUCCCGCAGCACGAUGGGCUGUGGGCUCGGGAGGGGUACGCGCCCGUCUCGGCCUGGCACCAGAUCGUUGUGACUCACUAUCUCAUCCUGGUCCAGCACGGCAGUAUCAGCAUGCCAGAAGCCACCCCUCCUGUGGAGCGAAUAAGGCAGUUCGCCUCAACCAUCCACCACCUAUGCGAAAAUCGACCAGACCAGCAAUCCUCAAGGCAGGAGAUCCUGCGUGAAUGGGAGUCCUUCAUGCUGGGCUGCGUGGUGGAGCUUGGGGCCCUCCUCGUGGACGCGGGGCCUGUCAUCGAUUCCUUGCCGUGCUGGGCUCUUGGCGCCAUCACCGAAUACGCACGAAGCCAGGAAGACACUGCGUACAGCCCCUCCCCUUUCCACAUCAUCCGGAUCCUGGGCGCGCAGGAGGGCAGGGCGUUCGUGGGCCGCGAUGAUGGGCCACUAGGGGUGCUCCCCUUGGAGCAGAUCACGGUCGACUGGGCCCCCGAAGGUGCGCCCUUCCCCACCAUUCCUGCCGCCGCGUCUCAUGCGCCUCCAGCCAUUGCCUUCGUAUCUCGCCGCCUGUCCCCAAAUCUGUCUCACGGAUCUGGCGGCUCCGUGGGCGGCAUGCCCAAUGAAAGGGCGAUGCGUCAGGGGCGCGCCCCCAGUAGCCAUGCUGCGGGCCAGCCGGAGAUCGGCUCCGCGUCCAGUCGCCCCGAAUACGGCACAAAUGAUGCAAAGCACCAUGGGGAAAGCCGCGGCAGCCCUCCGUCGGCACGGGAGGCCAGUCCCAUGGCCACACCGUUAUCCGGCACAGCUCCGAAAAAGCGGGCACGUGACGAAACAGCCGGGGCGGGGCGAACCAAAAAGCCGCAUGAAGUGACUGGCAGUAGCACCCCCGGGCCAUCGGGACUCCGUGAACUGGCGCGACGGAGUGCCAACAGCAGAGGCAAGCGCGCCAUCCGCCUCCCACCACUGAGCCUCCAGAACAUGGCGACAACAAGGACGAAAGGCCACGGCUGGAGUGCCCCAGCCGCGGGAGUCCGCCCUGCAAGCCCGGCCUCGCGAGGCGCUUCCGGGCGGGUCAAUUCAUCCGCAGGUUCCUCUCCUUCGUCGUCGUCAUCCAGGCCAUCCAACAGUCCUCCCGGGAUCGCCACGCCUCCACCGCCCGAGGCACCCUCCAUUGCUUCUGCCCAGUCACGGGGAGGGAAAAGGCCUUUUGUUCCACCAGAGGCCGGGAUUCCAGAAUUUCCGUUGCAGCUCACCACAAAAUACCCGAUUGGCCGAAUGCCCUAUCACCCUCAAGACCGCGUAGACCGGCGAUGCGGCUCCUGCAAGCUGUUCGGGAAGCAGUGCGAGUUUUACCCCCUCGACCGCAAGGCCACUUGCCUCGUCUGCCUCAAAAAACACUUGCCCUGCGAGCUGAAUGCCAUCUCGGGUGGAACCGCUGGCGACACGGGCCGUUACAAGAUGCUUCGGUAUGGGAUUAAAGCGGCAAACCCGAAGGUUUACGGCCUCUGGCCAGUGGAAGUCUCUGAUCAGCUGUGGGGCAUGAAGAGAGCCGACAUCCCAUCGUGGGGCGCGGAUGUCAUCGCCUUCUGGAAUGACAAGCGCAAGCGCGAUCGCGCGAUCGCUCAGGGGGAUGUCAUCGGCCUCAAGUACCCCCGGGAUUUCAGACGGAGGCUUGGGGAUGUCACGAUGAGCGAGGGCGAGCUUUCAAAGGAUCACCCGGCCUACAUGGCGCACCGGCGAAGAAGCGGCGCCGCCGUCAAGAAGGACAACGGUGCCGAGUUUCCGUCGAGCUCUGCGGGUGGCUCCAGCGGCUAUAGCACACCGACUGAUGACCAACGCCCACCCAAACGGGCCCGGAUGAGGCCGCCUAUGGCUCUCAGCAGCCACGGCAGUCCUGGGGCGACGCCUCCCUCAGUAGAGCCCACGGGAGCGGCCGUCGAUAUGGAGGCCGACCCGUCUCCAGGCAGCGUGGAGGGCGCCAGCAACACUGUCACGCACAGGCGCCCCAUUAACCCCGCCUUCGCUCCUGCACACCCUGGGAGCGCGCCCCAGUGGGGCUUCGAGCAAUUGGAGGCUCGUCUCACCGCCCUUGAGUCCCGGGUCCAGGGCUGGAUGCACAGGCUGGAGGCCUGCGGCCGGGCCCGUGAUGAGCGAAUUGAUGGCCUAGAGGUGGACAUUCGGGGCCAUGAUUCGGCCCUCGACGCUUUCUCCGAUGACCUUGUAGCCCUCCGUGGCGCAAUGGAGGGGACGGUGGCGGGCCGGCCCCAGGGAGGUGCGCUGCUCCCGGGCGCGGCCGCCCCUUCUGUGCGGCCCCCGGGCCCGCCCGUCUCACAGAAAGCAGCGGCUUCCGGACCGGACAGCGACCCGGACGAAGAUGAGCUCCAAUAUUCGUAG